AUGUCCUUGUUCAACCGCAGCAACCAAUCACGGUCACCGCCAUCAGCAUUCAAGCUGAGCGGAGUGGCGAGCACCGACCGAACGGUUCGGAGAGUGUCACGAACGCAUGAUGACUUUGAAGCGGCGCUAAGGAGCGAAGAUACAGUGGUGUUGCAGGAGGGACGGGAUAUGCACACACUUGGCCAUACAGAUACUCCCCACAGGAACCGAAGUGGUUCAGUCAAUCUCACUGCGCCACGGGCCUCUAUCGACGUCAUCGGCCGUCGCCAGACUGUUUCGACUCCGAAACACUCGGUGUCCAAACACACCCCUGCAACCCCUGUCGUCGUCCCCCCUACUCCCACGCCCCCUGAAGAAGACGAUUCCCGACGCAGGAGCAUGUACCGCGCCGCUGGCACAGCUUCAUCACCUGACUUGGCAACGCUUAUAAGCAAGGUUAGACGCAGCCGCGAGGAGCAGCCGGAGGAGAGAGAGCGCACACGGUCGACCACAUCCUCGGCCUUUGAGAUUAUCGAAGCCCAUACUCCGUCUAAAUCCAGAGAUCGCGCGCUCACAUCCCCAGACUCCCAGGGUCAGCGCCGCACAAACCGCCUCGCAAAGGCUGAAAAAACACUCGGGAUAUCACCUGGUGCAAGUUCAAAACUCAUGGCAGACAGCGAUGUCGGCGAAGGUCGCUCCGACCGGGAGGGUAAACGUGCCUCGAUGCGCAAUAAAACCAGCGCUUUUAUUGGAAAGAUGCUCGGCCAUGGGCAGGGCUCCCUCAGAGGCGGCAACCGUUCUACCCCGACCACGCCCGUCGCGACCCAACAACACUCGUUUGCUCCCCCCGUCCCCACUAUCCCACUCGAAUACCGAUCUUCGCCACCUCAACAAGCCUAUUUCCCCACUAAUACUCAACAGUCCUUGCUUAGUACCCAGUUAUCUGAUAGCCCAGCCCAAACGCCUAGUUUACCUAGUGCUGACCCGUUCAUUGCAGACACUUGUUCUGCUCAAUCUAGCCCACUAAUUACACCUACCGCUUCUUCCUCGCAGCCUAUGAACGGACCGCGCCACAUGAAACCUCUCCCACCUAUCCAAAAACAAUUUCCACCUGUACCUGUAGAUGACCGUUCCGACACUGAUGAUGAUACUCCCCUUGCGCCCCCGAAACCCCCCGGCCCGACUAGAUCAAAGCCAACACUCGAAGGUCGAGCAAGGCCUCCAUUCGAACCAAAACCAAGGCUCCCCUCGGAUACGCGUCUAAGGACUACCGGAGGAGCAAAUAGAGAAGCGGCUCUUGCUUCUGCUGCAACCACCAAUGUUGCGCCUCGCGAACUUGACCAUAGUGCAACCCUCACUCAGCGGAGUCAUGCUCGCCCGUCGUUCCCUCGACAGUCCAAGGACGGGCGAAGGAGGAGCAUGAGUGUGAGCGAUAUUGAUAUUCAGAAGUUGAUGAUGGAAACUCGGCAGCGCAGAGACGCGCAUGCUUCCCCUCCGAGAGCAUCGAUGGAUGACGCAGUGGCCAACAAUUCCGAGUCCGACGAAGACCGAACUGAAGAAGGGCACCCACCACGGGCACCGGAUCAUUCUCAUCACGCAGUCGACCAGAGACGGAUGAGCAGGCGUGCUCGGGAAAUCUCCGCUUGGACCCAAGGCAUGGAGAUAUCCACCAUAGUCGACGGAUUUGGAGAGGGACUGCAGGAUGCUUUGGGUGGAAUCAGGGGCUCGCCUCAUCGAACUACCUUUCCUGCCAACGCUCAAAAGGCUUAUUCGCUACGUCCAGUUCGACAUGGCGAUCAACACGUAUCUGCUUCUAUGUCAAGGGGUAUUCCCUCUUCGCCUCUCGCUGCUCGAAGCCAGAGCAAUGCUUCGUCGUCGUCCAUGCUCGCUGUGCCUGGUACCUACCCUGCAUCAUCGAGUGGACAGACGCUCACCAAUCAGCCCAGUAUGGAGAGCAUGCGUACAGUUAGUAGCGAGACUGCUGGUACGUAUAUUACCCCUCCAAGCUCCGCCAUCCUCGAUUCCUCAAGUUCGACUCCUCCGGCUACAAGCCCCGCGAUGGGUGCCAACCGAGCAUUACCUUCGACCAACGCCCCUGUGGCGUUGUCUACUUCUCCACCCCCUCGCUCUUCUUCAUUACGUCUAUCUUCACGACCAUUACCUCGUCGGCAGCCUCCACGCCACAGGAGCGCAGCCAGUGCUUCAGAACCUUCUCUCCUGGAAGGUAUAGCUGCGGGUCCGAGUAACAGCAUUCGUCUCGUUAGCGACCACGCCCCCAUUCGGAAAGAAUCUUCUCGGGAGCGAGAGCGAGACCAACGAUUGGUCUCGGAUCCCGUGGCGUGGCAUCAUCACCGGACUGACGAAAACGAAGGACCAAAGAUCAAUCGAAGAGGAAGUUCAGGUGCGGCAAGCACGGAUAUGGAUGGACGUGGGAAAGAACUUGCAAAUAAAUGUUGGGAAGAGGACGAGUCGUUUUUGGCCAAAGAGAAGAUUGCAGAAUGGCUGGGUGGAACGGCUGCGAUAAAUAAGAUUGCCUUGCGGUACUAUAUGGAUAAUUUCGAUUUUACCAGGAUGAGGCUAGACGGUGCUUUUCGGCACUUGUGUACCAAGCUGUACUUGAAGGCCGAGACGCAGCAAGUUGACAGGAUCCUGGAGGAAUUUAGCAGGCGGUUUUGGGAUUGUAAUCGAGGCUCAGUAUACGCAUCUCCUUCCAUUGUCCACGCAAUUGCAUACUCUCUUCUACUCCUCAAUACCGAUCUACACAUUGCUGAGCUUACUUCGCACAUGAGCAAAAACCAGUUCGUGCGCAAUACCUGGGCUGUUAUUCAAGAUCAAAUAAGAGCACCCGAGCUUCCAAAAAGUCCAGGUUCUGGUAGUGGGUCCACUGUGAUGGAACCGCUAAAGAGUCCGAUCAAUAUUGAACGCGGACAAUUUAGCCAAGAGCAGUUGCGUUCGCAAGCUCACUUGGCAGGCGAGUCUACUCCCGAGCUAGUACUCGACGAAGAUGAAGGUCAGCUGGGUGACGGAUCGGAGCACCUUACUCGCAAGCAGCGAAGUGGAAGUCUGAAUUCUUGGAGGAGUGGGUCGCGCGAGGGCCAACUUCCUAUGAAUACGAGUAAUCCCAGCGUCACGGAUGCUUCGGAUCCAAAAACCCCUACGGGUAGUAUGCAUGCUGUGGUUAGCGUCCGGGGAUGGGACUCGGAAAUGGAAAUGCUGCUCAAAGAAAUGUACAAUUCCGUCAAGCACCAACAGAUUCUCCAACCGCUCACGGGACUGUCGCCUCCUGAACGGCAGUCGAUGUCUCUCAGUCCAGGUAUGACAACUCUUAGUCGUACUCGGAGUCAGAGAAGUCACGUCGGGGCAGGAGGUGAUAGGAUUACAUCGCUGAAACGCGGUUCGAUUCGAGGGUUGCAAAGCCUGCUAUUAGCCCAGAGUCCAUACGGAAGUAACUCCACUGUAGAUGGUCGGAUUUCCCCAUCACCUAGCUUUGCUACCUCAAUUGGCGAGGGUGUCCCAACUCCCAACACCAGUCUAUUCGCACCGACGAUUGGUUUCGCAUCCAACCUCUCACAUACGAUCAUCAAGGAGGCUCAAGAAGAUGAUGUAGGAAGUGUAAAGAGCGAUGUGACCAGCUCCACCAUCAUCAGCAUCACCGAUGAGGAGCUGGCCUUGCUUGGCCCACCAUGGGCAAAGGAAGGAAUGCUAUGUCGAAAGCAGUACUGGGAAUCCGCUGGGAAACGUGCCAAGGUCAAGACUUGGAUGGAUGUCUUUGUGGUCAUUCAAAAGGGCGAGCUGAGCAUGUUCGUCUUUGGCGAAACCAGCGCCCAUACGGGGGGUGGGAACCAAGUCGGAGGUGGGAACUGGGUUUCCAACGCCAAUUGCGUCGGCAAAGUGGUUCUGGCACACGCCUUAGCACACACUUUGCCUCCUCCGGGCUACAACCGGCAGAGACCCCACUGUUUUGUCCUGACACUCGCAUCGGGUGCUGUGUUCUUUUUCCAGGCUGGGACUGAGGACCUGGUCAACGAGUGGGUAAUGACCUGCAAUUACUGGGCCGCGCGGCAGAGCAAGGAACCAUUGUCUGGGGGUGUUUCAAACAUGGAGUAUGGCUGGAACCGCGCGCUUGAGAUGAUUCAAUCUGGAAAUGUAGAAGACCGUAGGGUCGAUUCAUCAGACGCACAGAGCGUGCGCAGCGGUCGAAACUUGAACAUGCGGAUGCCCGCUUCUCCCUACAGCUCGGAACGCAUUUUCAUUCAUGAUUGGACGGGCCCCAUGCAUUCAGUAAUGCCGAGUACUCAUGAUGAGGAGACCCAAAUGGAAGCACUGCAGAAGCAAGCCAACUUACUAAAGCAAGAGUUGCACAUUCACAACGAACUCCGACAGCCUAUGAUGAAUAUGUACAUCCCUCGGUCGACAAACGCAGUUAAGGCUUCCAAUAACUGGGAGCGUAGGUCUCAAUACCUGCUGUCUGAGAUCGUCAAGUACGAUUCAUACGUGGAUUCACUACGUUCAGCCAUGUCCCAGCGUCUCAAAAGACGGGGAGAGAAGGCUCUAGAACGUGCUCUAGUUGCCUCAAGGCCCGAUGAAGACGACCUCGAACGGAUAUAUGCAUCACCGUCGAUUACUGGGUCGGGACCUGCUCGCCUCGAGCGAGGAGCAAGCAGUUCUGUGAGAGGAAGGCACCAAGUCAUCCAGGAAGACGAUGAACCAAUAACCCCACUGCCAUGCGCCACCUCUUCCGCAACAAGGUAUCGCUGA